AAUGGCUUUCGCGUCGUGCAUUCUUGCUCUAUUCAAAGAUGAAGUUCUUACUCUUUAUGGUUAUUGCCACAUUCGUGCUGGCAGUAAAAUGUCAAAAUUUGACGGAAGUCGUACAAACAAAUAAAGGACCCGUUCAAGGACUCACAUUGACCACCGUGUAUCACCAAAAAGCGUAUUCUGCUUUCUUUGGGAUUCCCUUUGCAAAACCACCUGUAGGCGACCUGAGAUUUCAGGCACCUGUUGAACCAAAUUCCUGGUCGGAGGUGUUAAAUGCAACACGGGAAAGUCCAGCGUGCCUACAAGCACGACCACCUAAAUAUGUAGUUGAAGGAAACGAAGACUGUCUAUACCUGAACGUGUACACUCCUCUGCUGCAUUUCACAAACAUUAAGCCACUAAAACCGGUACUGGUUUGGGUAUAUGGCGGUGCAUUCGAAGGGGGAAGUACUGCUAAGAGUGUAUAUGGACCUGAUAGGUUCCUGGAGGAAGACGUAAUCAUGGUCGACAUGAACUACCGUGUCAAUGCUUUAGGAUUUCUGUCAUUGGGGAUUCCUGGUGCAACAGGAAAUCAAGGUUUGAAGGAUCAGAAUCUGGCUAUGCGAUGGGUGCAAAAGAACAUCGCCAAGUUCGGUGGUGAUCCUAAACGUGUAACUAUAAUGGGUCAGAGUGCUGGUGGUGUGUCGAUAACGUAUCACAUCAUAUCGCCUAAAUCACGAGGUUUGUUCCAAAGAGCCAUAGUUCAAAGUGGUUCAGUUUUGUCCGCCUGGGGAUACAAGCCACCAAACGCUGCUCGAUGGUCUGCUUAUGAGUUGGCUAAACGUUUGAACAUUACUGUCAAGAGUGACUCUGAUCUGCUAGCCUCUUUGAAAGUAGCUGAUCUCGGGUCUCUUGUAAAGGCAGUUGGGACUAUGAGCAAUAGCGAACUACCGAUUCCUCUGAGAAUAGCAUUCGUGCCUACGUCUGAAAGUGGAAACGAUGCCUUCAUAAGUGACUGUCCAAUAUCGUACUUUGAAUCUGGGAACUUCAAUCACGUGCCUACGAUGCUUGGUUACACAGCGGAAGAGACAAUUUUGUUCGCAACAGGAUUAGAUAAUGUACGUUACGAUGUGCAACAGAAGUUACUGAGUCUUACUAAGGUACUAGAUCCGACAGGCCACAAUAAUCUCGCCAUAAACGUGGUUAACUCUAUUUUGAACGACACUGUAUGGGAGAUCAUAAAGGCCUCAUCUAUAUACGCCUUCUCUGGGCCAGUUGAUCUCACGCAAAGGUAUUUGGUCAAGCACAAUGGUAAUAAACCAGUUUAUUUCUAUCGACUGUCGUACCGUUCGAAUGAGAAUUUCCACUUCAAAAUUAAUCCUCACAUAAACGGUACAUCUCAUGGCGACGAUCAACCUUUCUUAUUCCACAUGGAGAACCUUCCCACCGAUCCAAACAAUCAGUUCAAUCGAUACUCCAAGCGGGUAGUUUCGAUGUGGGCAAACUUCAUAAAGAGUGGCAAUCCUACUCCGCCUAAUUCCAACGUGAGUGGUGGACGCUGGACAACGUCAGGAAAUCAGGGAUUACAGCUCGAUAUAGGAAACGGCAAAUUUGUAAUGAAAAAUCGUUUUAUCGUUUCACGGGAUGCAACGAUUUUAAAGGCUUAUUACAAUGGAUUACCUGUUACAUCUGAGUGUAAGAAUUAUCCUUUCGGCAAUCGCAGAACUGCACUAAGCGUGUCGCACCGUUCAUACUUACUUCGAGCAAAGAUGAAGCGCUUACUCUUGGUGGUCAUUGCUAUCUUUGCAACGGCAGUAAAAUGUCAGAAUUUUACGGAAGUCGUAUACACGGAGAAAGGACCGAUUCGAGGAGCCAUUUUCAAGACUGUGUAUAAUAAGAUGCCGUUUUCUGGAUUUCUUGGGAUCCCCUACGCGGAACCACCCCUAAGUAAACUCAGAUUCGAGCCCCCUGUUGAAAUUGGUUCCUGGAAGGAAGUGUUGAAUACUACAGAGGAUAAUCGAGGGUGUCCACAGUUACAGUUUAGUUCAUUUAUUGGAAACGAAGACUGUCUAUACUUGAACGUAUACACACCAGCGUUGGAAUUCGGCAAGUUUCCCAAAUUGAAACCUGUUGUUGUUUGGAUUCACGGAGGUGGAUUCACAACUGGUACCGGUGCUAAGAAUGUAUAUGGACCUGACAGAUUAUUAGAGAAAGACCUUGUUACAGUGGCCAUGAACUACCGUCUUGGUCCUUUUGGAUUUCUGUCAUUGGGGAUUCCUGGUGCAACAGGAAAUCAAGGUUUGAAGGAUCAGAAUCUGGCUCUGCAAUGGGUGCAAAAGAACAUCGCCAAGUUCGGUGGUGAUCCUAAUCGUGUAACUAUAAUGGGUGAGAGCGCUGGUGCUGUAUCGAUGACGUAUCACAUGAUAUCGCCUAAAUCGCGAGGUUUGUUCCAUCAAGUCAUAGUUCAAAGUGGUUCAGCUUUGGCUCCGUGGGGAUACAAGUCGCCAACAGCGUCUAAAUGGACUGCCUAUGAGUUGGCUAAACGUAUAAAUAUUACUGCUAAGACUGACUCUGAUGUUCUGGCCGCUCUGAAAAAAGCUGAUGUCAAGGCUCUUGUAACGGAAGCGACGAAUAUGACGAACGAAGAACUGCCGAUUCCUCUGAGAAUAGCAUUCGUGCCUACGUCUGAAACCGGAGAUGAUGCCUUCAUAGAUGAUUGUCCUUUAUCGUACUUCCAAUCUGGAAACUACAGUCGGGUGCCUACGUUGUUAGGUUACACUGCGGAAGAGACAAUUUUGUACACGAUAGGAUUAGAUAAUGUACGUUACGAAGUGCAAGAGAAGUUACUGAGUCUUACUAAGGUACUAGAUCCGACAGGCCACAAUAAUCUCGCCAUAAACGUGGUUAACUCUAUUUUGAACGACACUGUAUGGGAGAUCAUAAAGGCUUCGUCUGUAUACGACUUCUCCGGGCCAGUAGAUCUCACGCAAAGAUUUUUGACCAGGUACAAUGAUGCUGAACCUGCUUAUUUCUAUCGUCUGUCGUACAAUACGAAUCAUAAUUAUCACAAAGUGGCGAAUCCGCAUAUAAACGGUACGUCUCAUGCUGACGAUCUUCCUUUAAUAUUUUACUUCAUCGGAGAUUCCACAGAUCCGUCGGAUCCAUACAAUAUAUACUGCGAUAGGGUCAUUACGUUGUGGGCGAACUUCAUAAAGUAUGGAAAUCCUACUCCGUCGAUAUCUAACCUGGACGGUACACACUGGCAACCAUCAGGAGAGCAAGGAUUGCAACUAGACAUCGGUAACGAAAAAUUUCUAAUGCACGACCGGUUUAUCGUUUCCCGAGACGCGUUGGUACAGCAAAUCUAUUACGAUGGUUUACCUGUUACGACUCAGUGCAAGAAUUAUAACUUCAGCUCUCCGAGCGUGUACUAAUUAAAAGAAACUGUCAGCAGGCAUUGUCUUAACUCUAAAGAGUAGCAAAAUACAUUUUGCAAAAGAAUUUAUGCGCUUUGACAAUAUUGUAACUGCAUUAAAAAAACUUGUGAUAUACCAGAGGAAGUAUUUAUAGAUCCCAAUGGUUUCUCUAGCGAAAUACAAAACAUCUAAAAUAAUAUUUGUUAAUCUUGUGAUUACAGUGUAAUAAAAUUUUAUGUAUGUUAUUGGAAAUAUAUUAAAUAAUAUUGAAGUA